UUUGCGGCUUUUGUUUUCCAUUUCCGUACCCCUCGCGAGCCGAGCUCUUCUCAGGAUUACUCUUUGAGUUCUACCUUACGCAGGCACAAGACUUCUAUGUUGUACCUCAAAUUACCAUUGCCUUCCUUACACUCUCCGCAUUGACUCCUAUUUGCCUCUCAUUAGCUCCUCCCGUCCGUUUGGUUCUUUUUGCCUGCUCAAUUUGGUUUACUGCAGUCUCCGCCUCUGCUGAUCUCACGCUUUACCCUCGUAUCAUUUCGUUCUGAACAGCUGGUCAUUGCCCGAACACGUUGAGUAGCUUUCAGAACUUUCAACAGAGGGUCGGAAAUGACGGCUAAACACCAGAGUUUUUUGAGAGAAGCGUCACAUCAAACAGUUGCCGGAGGAUCCGCGGAGCCUUCCUUUUAUGGGCUGACCAGAAUUGAAUGCACUACUCCAGGUCUUAUGGAAAUUUGCCUGAUGCAUCCCCUCGAUGUGGUGAAAACCAGGUUCCAGAUUCAGCGAGGAAAAGGUGAUGCCAACAGUUACAAGAGCCUUGGCCAUUGCUUUAAGACAAUUUUCCAGCAAGAAGGGAUUCUUGGCUUUUACAAAGGAAUCUUGCCUCCCAUCCUGGUUGAGACUCCUAAAAGGGCUGUGAAGUUUUUGACUUUUGAGCAAUAUAAGAAGAUAUUAGGCUAUGCUUCGCUGCCAACUGGUGUGAUUUUUACACUGGCUGGUCUUGGAUCUGGUCUCACAGAAGCAAUCGUUGUCAAUCCUUUUGAAGUAGUCAAGGUUAGCCUACAAGCUCAAUGGAAUUCUUUUUCACAGCAGCCAUCCACAUUUGCUUACUCACGUGAAAUGAUCCGAACUCAGGGUUUUGGACUACGGGGCCUCAACAAGGGUCUGACAGCAACAUUAGGUCGGCAUGGUGCAUUUAACAUGAUUUAUUUUGGAUUUUACUUCAAUGUGAAGAAUAUUAUUCCGGCAAAUAAGGACCCAUCAAUUGAAUUCCUGAGAAAACUUGGGAUUGGAUUUUUGUCAGGAACGAUUGCUUCUUGUAUCAAUAUACCUUUCGAUGUAGCAAAGAGCAGGAUCCAGGGACCACAGCCAAAGCAAGGAGAAAUUAAGUACAGAACAUGCUUCAGCACUAUCAGAACCAUCCACGGGGAGGAAGGGUUUUUUGCAUUGUACAAAGGCUUGGUUCCUAAGGUCAUGCGGCUAGGGCCAGGAGGUGCAGUUAUGCUCUUGGUUUAUGAAUAUUCUUUUGCCUGGCUUCAGGAAAACUUCUGAUUCAGACAGAACAAAGAUAACUAAAACACUUCCAUUUUCUUAAAAGAAACAUCAUGUUCCAUUGUCCUCAAUAAACUUGUGUAAACAGGAAGAAUAUUUUUUUCCAGAAGAAUUUCAUUUAAGUCUGUAUUCAGAGCAAAGUGAUAUAAAUGUAAAGUAUUUUCUCCUGUCAAUAAAUUAACCCAGAAUGAUUAACAAUUUUUACAUUUCUGAAUUAAACAAAUAUUUUGUAAUUCAUGUUUUUAAUUUAGGUCUUUUAUAAAAAUAAAAUGUUUUCUUACAGAUAUAUACAAGUACAGCCUAUUGAUCUAUGUCCUUUUUUAAAGGAUUUAAUUUUCUGUACAUUGCUCCUGAACUUAACAGGUUGAAUAGAAAGCUUUAGAGAGAGGAGCUGUGAGACCUGUGAACUAAUCUCACAACUGAAACAUAUAAUGUACAUUUUCUGAAAAAUGUUUAUGAAUUAAUUUAAACAGUUCUUUUACAUCUUCAUGGAGUACAGGUUUUUGUAUGGCUACCCAAUUACAGUUGUGGCCUAAUUUAUGGAUAUUUGCUACAUGAAGUACUAAUUGCCAUUAAAUAAAUUUUGUAUUUAUAACAUUUUCCACCACCAUUAUACCUACAAAUAAAAUUGAUUAUUUACAUGGAUGUAAACUUCACAGCGAGCAGAUGUACAUUCAUUUCAAACAGAAACUUCCUUGAAACGAUCAGAAAAACAUGUUAAUAUUUACCAUAAUUGCAGGGGCAGUGCUAUAACCAACCAGAGUUGCUUUUCACAGUGGUUAUUGCUAUAAGUCCAUUGUAUGAGUCCAUUUCUAGGUUUCACAAUAAGCUUGAACUGUCUGAUCGACUUCUAAAAACAUUUUGUUCAGGUCUUCAAAAAACUAACUUUAUACCUAGCUGUGUUUGAACUUUUGAAUGACCCUUUGAGCUUGCAUAUAGAAUCAUGUCGAUUUAUUUGGCGGGUUGUUUGAUUUAGUGUCCUCUGCUGAAGAAAAGAAACAUCCUUCAUAAAAAAAUGUGGAAUUUUCUGCUAUAUAUACAUAAUAUUUGACAUUUGAUUUAUUCUUCAAGUGGCUAGGCAUCCUUUAGUUGAUGAAUAUGUUUUCUGGAGAGUCAAUUGCAACAUUCGGGGAGAAAAGCCUGACACAUUAAUAUGAAAAUAAACAUGACCAUUUUAUUUUAAUUUACAAAGAAAAAUAGUUCCUGUUCCAUUAACCAGUCCUCCCUAACACUGAUUAUUUCUUCACCAAAUAACUAAAUUUCAAUAAUUUGCCUCUUUAUCUCAAUAUAAUUAAUUUGUUGGAGGACGGUUCUUUACGUAUUCACAUCUCUAUCAUUAUUGAAUUUUGAAAAGGGUGCACCAAAGGCAAGACUUCUCAAUUGUUAUAAGGAAAAUUUUACAAAAAGGCUUUUAAAAUUUGUCAGUCUUUUUAAACGUUUGAGCAUUGAUCAGGGCAGCAUAUUUCAGUUUACUUUUACUAACUCUGUGAAGAUAUAAAUGAUUUGAAUGAUUCAUUCUAUUCAAAGAGAGAAUAAGCACAUUAGAGAAUUUUCCACUUAUCUGCCAGCAUGCAAUUUAUUUUUAGAA